ACCCAAAUUAACUUUUGUUCGAGCCAUUUGCCACUAUGUCCUCUUCUAGGCUUCUCCUCAUAACAGGGCUGCUCGCAGUGUCCUGCUUGCCUGCUGUUCAUGCAACAUCUGAUGUACAUGAGGUGGAAAGUGAGCCCAAUGAGAACCCUUAUCUUAACCUUGGAGCUAAAACUCCUCUGAUGGAAGGAGAUAUGGCCAUACCACUUGGCCGUAAUGCUCUCCUAAACACAACAUACAGAUGGACAUUUCCUAUCCCUUAUAUCUUAUCUGACGACCUUGAUCUGAAUGCCAAAGGCUGCAUCUUCCAGGCUUUUGAGAUGUAUCGCCUCAAAUCCUGUGUUGACUUCAAGCCUUAUGAAGGGGAAAAGAGCUAUAUUAAAUUUGUGAAACAAGAUGGUUGUUGGUCCAUGGUUGGUGACCAGCAGGAUGGUCAGUUGCUCUCUCUGGGUCCUGGUUGUGACCAUAAGGCUGUGAUUGAACAUGAGUUGCUGCACGCUCUAGGUUUCUACCAUGAGCAGUCCCGCCAGGACCGAGACGACUAUAUCAACAUCGAUCUCACCCAAGUCAUUGAUGGGUUACAGCAUAACUUCAAUAAGUACGAUGACGGCUUCAUCACCGACCAGAACACGGCUUACGACUAUGAAUCUGUCAUGCACUACCGUCCCUUCUCCUUUAACAAAGACCCCAACAUUCCCACAAUCACCACCAAGAUUCCCGAUUUCUACAACGUCAUUGGCCAGUACCUGGACUUCAGUAAACUGGAUGUGUUACGGAUGAACAGGAUGUAUAAAUGCCCCUCCUCUCUGACACUGCUGGACCAGUGCUCCUUCGAGUACACCAACAUCUGUGGGAUGAUCCAGAGCGCCACAGAGGAAGCAGACUGGACCCAGACGCUGAGCAGCCCGGGCUUUGAGGACCACACCCUCGCUGGACAAUGCAGAGAUGCUGGAUACUUCAUGCAUGUGAACACCUCGAUUGGAAAGGCAGAGGACUCGGCCCUGCUUCAGUCUCGUCUGCUCUACCCGAAGAGGAAGCAACAGUGCCUACAGUUCUUCUACAAGAUGACCGGCAGUGUGAAGGACAGGCUGGUGGUCUGGCUUAAGAUGGACGACGGUACAGGGACAGUGCGCAAGCUGAAGAAAGUGCAUACAAUUUAUGCUGAUGCUGACCAUUCCUGGAAAAUUGUGCACGUGCCAGUGGAAGUUGAUGUCAAGUUCCGCUACGCCUUCCAGGCCGUGCGGGGCGAUCCAGCAGCAGGCGGUGGUAUCUUCAUCGACGACAUCACCCUGACCGAGACGCGGUGCCCCGCCGGCGUGUGGCGCAUCCCGAACUUCUCUCAGAUCAUGGCGACAGCCACCACCAGCACGACCCUGGACAGUCCUCGCUUCUACAGUCCCGAGGGCUACGCAUAUGGCGUCCGCGUCAAGCCGUUGUCCGACUACACGGACUACACGGGCAACUACACAGGGCUCUACUUCCACCUGCUCAGCGGAGAGAACGACGUGGUGAUGCAGUGGCCCGCCGUCAACCGCCAGGCCACUCUGGUGGUGAUGGAUCAGGACCCUGACGUGAAGCUGCGCAUGUCCACGGCACGCAGCCUCACCACCGACUUGAUAAAGACGCCUGAUGGCAAAGUUUGGUGGGACAACCCCUCAAAGGUGGGAACCUGGGACGCAACAAACAAGUGGUUCCGCAGUGAGUCCAGGGGUUGGCGAAACAUGGUGAAACACUUUGACCUUAAACGACGGAACUAUCUGAAAAACGAUGACCUCAUCCUCUUUGUGGACUUUGAGGAUCUAACACCGUUGAUUAAGACAGAGGUGCCUGUUGUACCUAAUCCAUAAUGUUAUAGGAGGCAGUGCUGAAGAAGUCUGAACACCACAUUUUGAUGACCGUCCUAAUGCACAUGUUUUUAUGUUGCCCAUUAAUGUUGUCUCCCUAAAUGUUUUUUGAAUGUUAAUUAAAGAUUUGAGAAAAA